CUUCCGUCGACAACGAUGAUUCUGUUUCCCUUUGUGACCUGGACGAACGCUUGUGGAUCACUCUUCGAUCGGUGAUUGACCAGAAUGUAUGGCUUCUUCUUCCUACAUACGCCUUCGUUUUCCAGCCACUUCUUCCCAACGCCACGCCCAGUUAUGCUCUCUAAGGCUCAAUUGGAAGCAUAGCCCAAUAGGUCUGGUGUCAAUCAGAAAUCAAAAAGGCUAUUUAUUUAAGCCUAUUAAAUCAAUCUUAAAUGACAAGAAGUCGGGCAUCAACGAUUAUGAAGGAGCUGAAUCUGCAAGGAUCCUUCUUGAGAGGUUGUUUAAGCAGACACAGAAGCUGGAAGAACAGAUGACUGGCCAAUUUCAUCUUGAUCAAGAUGUUCAGCUUGGGCUUAACCUUCAAGUCCUGGAGUCAGAUCUUCAGGCUGCACUGACAGCUUUGAAGAAAAAAGAAGAACGUCUGCAGGAGGCAGAGAGGGUAGUUUUGUUAGAGAACAAUAAAUUAAACCGCACAAAGGAGGAAUUGGAGCUACGGGAGAGAGAAAUUGUAGCUGCACAUUCAAAAUACGUUAAACUGGAGGAGGAACUGAAGGAGGCUAAUCUUAACUUUGCUUCUCAAGCCAGCCAGAUAGAGGAUCUAAAGCUCCAGGUCAGAGAGAGAGAUCAAGAGAUUUCUGCUGUCCAGAAUGCACUUUCCCUUAAAGAAGAAGAAAUGGAGAGAAUGAAAAAGGAUCUGGAAAAGAAGAUUCAAGAAGCUUCUUAUAUUGAUUCUGAGCUUAAACUGAAAGCUCAGCUUCUAAAUGAAGCGAAUGAUGUUAUGAGGAAGCAAGAAAUUGAACUUCAGGAGCUCCAGGAAACUGUCCGAGAAAAAGAAGUUCAACUACAAGAUUCUCAUGCUCAAAAGAAAGUUGAAGAAGAAAAGCUGAAGGCUGCAGAGGCCGCCUUGGAAAAGCGGGCAAGAGAGUGGUUGUUAGCACAGGAAGAACUUAAAAAACUUGGUGAAGAAGCUGCAAUACGGGUACAGGAGAGUAAUGAAACAGUGGAAGAUUUCAAAAGGGUGAAGCUUCUUCUUGAUGCUGUAAGGUCUGAAUUAGUUUCUUCUCAACAAUCACUGGCAUCUUCUAGAAAGAAAAUGGAAGAACAAGAGCAACUGUUGGCGCAACAGCUUGCUGAACUUGCGGAACAAAGGGAAAGUCUCGUUUCAUACACGGAAAGCUUAAAGCUGGCGCAUAUAGAAGUGGAUAGCGAGAGAGUGAAACUCAAGGUUGCAGAGGCAGAGAAAAAAGAAAUUGAACGGGAUUUGGCCAUGGAAAAAGAGUUUGUGAAGGAGUUGCAGGAACAAUUGAAGAAAGAGAGAGCCUCCCUAGAGUGGGCAGUUCAAGAUAAGUCGUUGCUUCAAGAGAGAUUGGAUCAAAAUGGUACUGAAUUCAGAGAAACAACUGCCCUUCUUUGCGUAAAGGAGUCGGAGCUCGUGGAUGCUAAGCUAGAAAUCCAACAUUUGAAAUCAGAAAAGGCUUCGCUUCAGGUUACCUUGAAGGAGAAAGACUUGGAACUUUCUAAUGCAAGGAAGAUGUUAGACGAGGUAAACCAGCAAAUUGCUGAUCUAAAGAUGCUUCUGGACAGUAAAGAAACACAACUUGUUCAAGCAACCAAUAUGCUUAGGGAUAAAGAUGAGAACGUGCUGAUUAUACAGAAUGAGUUAAAUAAUACUAAGUUGAAGGCUUCUGAGGCUGAAACUGUGGCAGAGCGAAUCCUUGAACUCACAAAAACACUGGUCAAUUCCAUCAACGUUGAACAGAACUCUUCGAGAUUACCAGAUUCAGGUGAACCACUGCAACUAUUACUGGAGACAAAUGAUGAAUUCAGGUGGCGUCAAAAGAAGCUCGUGAAAGAGCUCGAAUUGACAAAAGAGAGUUUGAAAACAAAGGAAAUGGAAGUUCUUGCUGCACAGAGAGAUCUAACUAUAAAAGACGAGGAACUCAAAAUGACUCUUGCAAGAUUGGAUGCAAAAGAGCAAGAGCUAAAGAAAGUGAGGGAAGAGCUGAAUGACGAUGCUAAUGACCUGCAACGGCUUUAUGCUUUGGCUCAGGAGAGAAUUGGUGACAAAAGCAUCGGAGACCUGGCUAUUGAGAAGCUUCAGCUUGAGGCAGCACAGCUUGAAGGAGAAGCCGCCACCACUGCUCUCUAUAAACUUGCAGAAAUGAGUGGGCAAGUCUUGAUAAGGCUGGCCUAAGUCUUGAGGUCGAUAAUCCCAUCCCCGUGUUAACCAAAUAACUUUGCUAUCGACGACAUUGAAGCUUUUAGAGAGGUGAAAACGGGAAUUGCUCGACUCUCGGCUUUGACUGAGGAGCUUGCGAGGGAGGCUGGCGUCGUUCCCGUAAACUAGCAUAUGUCGUGAGGGAGUGUUAUUUUGCGUCUCCUGAUCUUCAGUCCCGGUUCAAUGCUGCAUUGUGCCAUAUGUUGUGUAUAUUG